CGUUCUAACUGUGUUUUUUUCCACAGUCGGAGUUUCCCCUGAACAGGCUCAGGUGAUGACAGUUUCCACGCAGGAUGAACGAUCAGCAGUCGGAGUUUCCCCUGAACAGGCUCAGGUGAUGACAGUUUCCACGCAGGAUGAACGAUCAGCAGUCGGAGUUUCCCCUGAACAGACUCAGGUGAUGACAGUUUCCACGCAGGAUGAACGAUCAGCAGUCGCAGUUUCCCCUGAACAGGCUCAGGUGAUGACAGUUUCCACGCAGGAUGAACGAUCAGCAGCUAGCGGUUUCCUCUCAUUGAUCAGUCUUUUGGAGCAGACCGUCUACACCUCUGUUGGGAGAAACCUCACCCUACAAUGUUCUUUCCGUGGAAACCCUAACUUUCACUGCACCUGGUUGUGGCAGGACCCGCAGGGAAGAGUUAUCAUCAGUCGUAUGACUUUGAGCAGUAACACCAUAAUUACCACGGAACUGAGGAUCCCCUCAAUCAAUCAUUGGCAUUUCGGAGAUUACUUAUGCCGGGCAUGGAAUGAACAUACAACAGUGGAGGGAGUCAUGCACGUUCGUUAUGAAGGUGAGAAAGCACGGAGUGGAGGCAAGACAGGAACAUUCUCCGGCACUCCUGUAAUCAUUGCCGUAAUCAUUGCUAUUUACUUCCUGCUGCUGAUCAUUGUACUGGUGGCGAGGUGCAAAGGAGAUUCUGCAGACACUGGAAAUCCAGAGGAACCGGCACAAAAGGCUGGAGGAACUCAGCAGUGAAAUUGGAAUUCGACACGUUUUGACCUCACUUUUGAAAAAGCCUUGACUUAAAAUGUUGUGGAAAAUGAAGGGCUCGUUGAUCUUGACUGCGCUUGGACUUGAACCUGGGAAAUAAUUUGUGGGAUCGCUGCUGGUGGGAAUGAUUGAACAGUGUGUGAACAGCUACCCUGACAUCGACUGGAGGAGACAUGGUUCCAAACUCUGGAAUCCAUUGUUGGAUUGUGCUGUAGAAUGGCUGCUUUUCCUGUAGUUUAAAUUUCUUCUGCUUAUUUGUAUUUUUAGAUACUCAUCAUAUCAAUGUUAUAGUUUAGUGAGCUUUCCAGUGCCUUCAGUGCACCUGCAUCUUUCUGAAAACUAACUAGUUUUACUGGCCGGUAUUGAAUUACUCGAACAGAGGCAAUCUCAUUGGUUAAUUUAAACAAUGAAAUGUAUGCUGUCAGUAGUCUGGUAUAAG